CGCGGACACGUGGGAACCUUCUCUGUGCCAGCACGUUGGUGUCCCCACUGGGCUGGGCAGAGUCCCUGCUCUGGGUGGACUUGUUCCCGCUGCGGGGGCUUGAGGGGGACGCAGGACUUGCUGCCGGGGACAGAGCUGGGGACCCGGCUCCAAAGAGGGGCCGGGAGAGGUUUGGUCCCCCUGGCCCCCCCGGCAGCCCCUGCGCUGGGAGGAGGCGCGGGGGGAAGGAAAUGUCGUGCUCUGGCUCUUGGUUUCCAGCGGGCGAUGGGCAGCAGAGCUCAGUCCUGCGCCGGAGCGUCCUGCCGCAGCCCCGGCUGCUCCCCACGGCGGGUGGCUGUCCCCACGCGGGCUGCCACAGGGCUCCUCUGCAUCCCCUGGCCGGCUGAGCGGUGCCCAUCGUCGCCCCGGCCAUGCGCUUCUGCCAGUUCAGCCCCUGCUCCGUCCCGGAAGCCGAAGCCAGGAAAGCCUGCGAGUGGCUGCGGGCGGCGGGGUUCCCCCAGUAUGCCCAGCUGUACGAAGACUCGUUGUUCCCUCUCGACAUCGGCGCUGUGAAGAAGGACCACAGCUUCCUGGACCAGGACUCCCUCAGAUCCCUGUGCAGGAGGCUGAUGACCCUGAACACUUGUGCCUCCAUGAAGCUGGAAGUCCACUUUCAGCGUAAACAGAAUGAAGACUCUGAGGAGGAAGACCUGUGCGCCAUCAGCGACCGGUGGGCUUUCCAGAGGGACAGCAAGAGGUGGUCGCGGGUGGGCUCCGUCGACGUCCUCUCGCAGGGCUCCGAGGUGUUGAGCUCCACCAUGCCGCUGGCGUCCAGCCGCGAGAGCGUCCUCACCGACCUCAGCACCAACCCAGAGGCCACAUCCCUGCACAGCAGCGGCAGCACGGGCGGCACGCUGGGCAUCACAGCUGUGCCACCCGGCCCCUCGACCCCCAUCCACGCCACCGCCGCUGCCAUCGCCGCCUCCAGCCACAGCCUGAGCGAACGCUCCUCGCCCGAGCAGCCCUCCGUCCGCGACGGGGGCUCCAAGGAGAAGCUGAAGAAGCGACGGUCUCGCAGCUUCCUGAAGAGAAUCGAGUCACUCCGAAGGAAGGACAAGGAGAAAGCUGGCCCAGAUGAGAAGGUGGCCCCACACAGCAGCGUCACGGCCACACCAGGAUGGGGCACCCUGAAGACUAAUGGGGACCUUGCAACCGCCAAGGCCAGUUCCCCCAAAAGAGGGAUAUCUGCCUCUUUCCAUGGCAAAAAACACUUCUUCUCGGUAUCGUACAGGACUAACCGCUUACUGGCUGCAGGCAAGAGCAAGGUGGGCUCUGACUCGAAACGCAGUGGGGUCUACCUGGAGGACUAUGACACGUCGGUGACGGCCAGCGGCGACUGGGCUGCCGGGGACCGCCCGUGCCGGCAGGUGUACCGGGGGGACUGCUUGGUGUACAUCCCGCGGGACCACAAGCCAGGCACCUUCCCCAAAUCUCUGUCCAUUGAAAGCUUGUGUCCCUUGGGCGGCAGCUCCCUGACCCACUGGAAGUCAGGGACUGUGCCCGUGGGGCCGGCGGGAGGCGGUGGCAGCAGCGUGGAGGGCUCAUCCUCCCCGCGGGGCUUCACCUGCCGCCGCCGGGGCUCCUGCAGCUCCCUGGGCAGCCGCGUCAGCGUGUACGACAACGUGCCAGAGUUCGGCAGCAGUGAGGAUUUCUGCAAGGAGGACGGGGAGGUGACCUACGAGAACCUCGACGACAUCCUGCAGCACAUGUGGGGGCUGCAGCAGAAGUUGGAGCUCUGGUAUAAAGCCAUCUCCCCCGACCUGGCUGGGGAGGAAGGGGCUGAGGAGGAGGAGGAGUCGGAGGAGUCGGACUCGGGAGGGGAACCCUCCAACUUGCACUUUGAAGAGCGGUCCAUGUCGGAUGUUGGCACCUCUGCCAGUGACUUCGACAGCACGGGCAACUCCCUCAACGAGGCCGAGGAGAUGGAGAUGCGGGAGCGGCGGGACUCGGGGGUGGGAGCAUCACUCACCAGGCCCUGCAGAAAGCUGCGCUGGCACAGUUUCCAGAACUCCCACCGGCCCAGCCUGAACUCGGCCUCCCUGGAGAUCAACCGCCAGUCCUCUGCCCAGCUCAACCUGCUCCAGAAGUGCUCCCUGCUCCGGCUCACGGCCAUCAUGGAGAAGUACUCUGUGCCCCACAAGCAAGCCUGGACAUGGACUGUGCCCAAGUUCAUGAAGCGGAGUAAAGUCCCCGACUACAGGGACAAGAUGGUCUUUGGCGUGCCACCCAUCGUGAACGUGCAGCGGACGGGGCAGCCGCUGCCGCAGAGCAUCCAGCAGGCCAUGCGCUACCUGCGCAGCCAGUGCCUGGACCAGGUUGGCAUCUUCCGCAAGUCUGGGGUGAAGUCCCGGAUUCAGGCGCUCCGGCACAUGAAUGAAACCAGCCCCGACAACGUCAACUACGAGGGGCAGUCGGCGUACGACGUGGCGGACCUGCUGAAGCAGUAUUUCCGUGACCUGCCUGAGCCCAUCUUCACCAGCAAGCUGACGGACACCUUCCUGCAGAUCUACCAGUUCGUGUCGAAGGAGCAGCGGCUGCAGGCGGUGCAAGCGGCCGUGAUCCUGAUGCCGGAUGAGAACCGGGAGGUGCUGCAGACCCUGCUGUACUUCCUGAGCGACAUCGCCUCCGCUGAGGAGAACCAGAUGACCGCUGGGAACCUGGCCGUCUGCCUGGCCCCCUCCAUCUUCCACCUCAACGUGUCCAAGAAGGAGAGCACCUCGCCCAGGGUGAUCCACAAGAGGGGCACCAUGGGGAAGCCUGACCAGAAGGACCUCAACGAGAACAUGGCUGCAACGCAGGGGCUGUCCCACAUGAUCACCGACUGCAAGAAGCUCUUCCAGGUCUCCCACGACAUCUUGCUCCAGCUGAGCAGCUCCUACAUGGCAGCAGAUGCUUAUCCCCACCCCCUGGCUGACUUCGUGUGUCAGGGGGAGAGCAAGGAUUUACACUCCUACUUCGAGCAGAGUGUCCAGAACCUGCUGAAAGAGUCCUCAGAGAAAUUCAAGGGGUGGCUGAGCACCCCAGGGCCCCUGAACACAGAGCUCUCCUGCAAGAAGGUCGGGGACGGGCACCCUCUGCGCUUGUGGAAGGUGUCCACGGAGGUGGAGGCCCCUCCGGCCACGGUGCUGCACCGGGUGCUGCGGGAGCGUCACCUCUGGGACGAGGACCUGCUGCAGAGCAAGGUGGUGGAGGCGCUGGACAAGAACGUGGAGGUCUACCACUACGUGACAGACAGCAUGGCCCCCCACCCGCGCAGGGACUGCGUGGUGCUCCGGCGCUGGCACACGGACCUGCCGCGGGGAGCCUGCCUGCUCAUCUCCAUCUCAGUGGAGCACGAGAAGCUGCCGGCAGAGGGAGGUGUCAAAGCUGUUGUGCUGACGUCCCAGUACCUGAUGGAGCCCAGCGCCAUGGGCCGCUCCAGGGUCACCCACAUCUGCAGAACUGACCUCAGGGGCCGGUCUCCCGAGUGGUACAACAGGGUCUUUGGGCACCUCUGUGCCAUGGAGCUGGUGAGGAUCCGUGACUCCUUCCCUGCCCUGAGUCCCAGCGGCCCCGAGACGAAGAUCUGAGGUGCCAGGAGGAUGCUCGGUCCUGUCGGACGUGGACUUGCUGGUGGAUCCGGAAUGGGCUCUCGGGGGGAGCGUGGCAGGGGAGGCAGGGACACAUAUUUAUGUGUGUCCUUGUACCCUGGGCUGGGCAUCCCCAUCCCACUGUCCCCGUGCUGCCUUGGUCGCCCUGGCACAGCAGAGACAAAGCUGUGCAGCCCCUAGUCCCCACCAGAGGCGUUGGGAAGCACAGAGAGGGGCUGGGGGUGACUGCGGGGGACAGGGUGGAGCGCAGUGGGUCCCAUGUGCCAACUGGAGUGAAGGUGCGUGGGGAGAAGAGGGAGAAGCGAGCAGGGAGGUCGCAGUGCUGUGUUGGGAAGUGAAGGGUGGGCAGCGUGCAUGGUGUCACCCGGCAGGGACAGCUGGGGAGGCACCAGCAGAACCUGUCAGGUAGUGAGAGAGGCAGUGAUUCUAGGAGUCGAGCAGCUGCACACAGAUACAGGGCUCUGCCCCGAGUGCCAGCCGUGCCGAGUGGCAGAAGGAGCCUUUGGUGCUGAAUUUCAUAGGAGAAGAAAAGCCCUCUAGUCCUGUGCCUUGCUCUUACUGGGCUAAAAGCCCUCUCGUGCACUGGGCUUUGGUGGAUGAACCAUGUUCCAAGCCAAGCCUGUCCCUUCAAACCAGCAUCCCCAGCAGCUGGAGGGGCAGGACACACCUAGAGCCCUGGGGCUGGUUAUGCAGAGGCACCGUGGGCAGGAGGAGGGACACGGCGGGUGCUGCAGCUCCCCGGUCCUGCUGCUGUUGGGGCUCCCCUGGCCCUGCCCCGGCUCAGUGGGGCGGUGGGAUGUGGGGCUGUCCCUGCCCCCCAGCUGUGGAGCUGCCUCCCCAGCGCUGCCCCUGCAGAGUCGCCCGUUCCCUCCCCAUCCCUCCCCGUUCCUCCGCGGAGAAACCCCCGCCGGAGCUGACCCGACCUGGUUCCUGCGCUCCAGCAGGGACCCAAGUCACCAGACCUCGUUCCAACUGGAAGGCAGCACGACCCACACGCGGGAGCGACUCCCAGUGUCAGCUUUGCUGUAACACAACCUGUCUGUCUCCUGAUGGAAAAAAAAAAGCAACCCAGCCUCUCUUCUGUGUUUUUAUAUAUAUAUUUAUAUAUAUAUAUAUAAAAAUAUAACUAACAUUUGGGAGAGUGAUCUUUCUCCUAAUAUUUUUUUAAAAUGUUUCUUUUGUUCCUAUCUAUAAAUAGUUGUACAGUUGGAAUAUUAAUAUAUAACGCUGGCAGUAGAGCUCAGUGCCAGGUGAUGCUCACUUAAAAGACGUGUAUUUUGUAUUUAAGGGACUUUUGUAUCAUAUGCAACUGCAACAGAUUGUUUGACUUGGAUGGGGGCUGCUCUUCCCAUCCAUGUAAUUAAUAAAGUACUAACGAUA